AUGACCCUACACAUGUCAGCAAGUCUCGUGAACCCUACGAGCUGCCUGCCUCGCGUAAAGAACCACCCUUCCUCGAAUGACCUCUUCCAGGCUCUUGGACAUCUCUCACUUCUCUACUCUCCCCAGUCGCUCAAUCAGGACGAGGCUUCACUCUUCGCAGCGUGCAGCAGCAAUGACGAUUGCGAUCGUUUGGAAUAUCAGGAUGCCAUCGACGCUGCCAAAGUGGACGACCACGAGAGGCGUUAUGCUAUGGACUGGCUCACACGAGUCAUCGGCAGCGGCCUUUACUGGGUGGAAGAUGGAUCCAGUAUCACGUCGGCGGACGCUCUUUUGGAUCUUGCCGGGCGCAUCUUAGGAGGUCAUGCCAGUCUUGAGGAAGCUGGUGCUAUCUCUCGCGAGUUUCGCUUCCCUCUGAAAGACCCCGUGGUCGUCCCCAAGGAGGAUCUGCGGGACUUGUCGUCUGCCACUACUUCAUCGGAGACCAUCGAAAUCUUUCUUCGAGACGAUCCUCUGCCACCGUCAGACACGCAGUCGGAGACCGCUGCACAGAGUGGGAAUGGCUCCAACCAAGAUGCUGCGGCCGCGGUUGGAGUGCAAACUUGGGGAGCGUCCAUCAUUGUCAGCGACGUCCUCGUUCGACAUCCCACCCUCUUUCACCCCGGGCUUGCUCGAGCCUCCGACAAGCGGCUAAGAAUCGCGGAACUGGGAGCCGGAACGGGUCUGCUGGGCAUGGCGACAGCCAAGCUCCUUCAGCAGACGCAGAUUCCCGCUGAUAUCGUCCUGACCGACUACCACACACAGGUGCUGAGCAAUUUGGAGCACAAUGUGCAGGAGAACUUUCCCACUACGGACGAGUCCGCAAGCUCAGCCUCGGUCACGGUCGAGCCUCUGGAUUGGCUCGAGGUCCACAAUGAGGUGCUUCAAGGCGCUCUGGAUCUCGAACAGCCCAAAUACGACCUGAUGCUGUUGGCCGACGUCAUCUACGCGCCUGAGCAUGCACUUUGGAUCCGCUCCUCGAUCGAAGCACUGUUGCGCAAGCCGAGCAGCGACGACAACGCCAUAGAGUCGGCGUCUCGCGCUCACAUUAUCAUGGCUGUUCGAGGCACGGGCAAGUUCGAAGGUCUCCACAAAACGGUCGAAGACGCUUUCAUGCCGCGCGUACGGUCAACAGCCGCCCCUUCACUCAGCACUUCUCUCGCUGGGACGCCGCUGGAUACGAUGCCUGGGACACCCGCUUUGACAGCAGAGACGUCCGGAGCAGUCGAUCAGAAGGGCCACGUUAGCCACAGUGCCCUCCUGCGCUCUCGGAUGGACAAGGUUUCCCUUCAGCAAGCUUGCUCAACAGGACCGCAAUUGACCAUCCUCAAGCGACGCAGGCUGGACAAGCGAUCCAACGUCGGGCGAAACGACGAGCAAGAGUACCUCUGGUUCGAGGUUGGCUGGACCAUGUGA